AUUUAUCACUGCACAAAUAAAGGUUUCAUUUCGGGGGGGCUGUCUUGCUGGUUGCGGAAGCUAUCGUGUAGCCGGAAGUUGGAAGCAGAUGAUCAUACAGUGGGAGGGAACGAAGGCCGUGGCGAUUCAAAUCUGUUGCUACUUCACUGAAACGGAGAACUGAAGAUUCGCAGCCAAGAUGACGGACUCCAAAUAUUUCACCACAACCAAGAAAGGGGAGAUCUUCGAGCUGAAGGCGGAGCUCAACAGCGACAAGAAGGAGAAGAAGAAGGAGGCCGUGAAGAAGGUCAUCGCCUCCAUGACUGUGGGGAAGGAUGUGAGCGCCCUCUUCCCCGACGUGGUGAACUGCAUGCAGACGGACAACCUGGAGCUGAAGAAGCUGGUCUACCUGUACCUGAUGAACUACGCCAAGAGCCAGCCCGACAUGGCCAUCAUGGCCGUCAACACCUUCGUUAAGGACUGCGAGGACCCGAACCCGCUGAUCCGGGCGCUGGCGGUGCGCACCAUGGGCUGCAUCCGCGUGGACAAGAUCACGGAGUACCUGUGCGAGCCGCUGCGGAAGUGCCUGAAGGACGAGGACCCGUACGUGCGCAAGACCGCCGCCGUCUGCGUGGCCAAGCUGCACGACAUCAACGCCCAGCUGGUGGAGGACCAGGGCUUCCUGGACACGCUCAAGGACCUCAUCUCCGACUCCAACCCCAUGGUGGUGGCGAACGCCGUGGCUGCCCUCUCGGAGAUCGCCGAGUCGCACCCCAACAGCAACCUGCUGGACCUGAACCCCCAGUCCAUCAACAAGCUGCUGACGGCCCUGAACGAGUGCACCGAGUGGGGCCAGAUCUUCAUCCUGGACUGCCUGGCCAACUACACGCCCCGGGACGACCGCGAGUCCCAGAGUAUCUGCGAGCGCGUCACGCCGCGCCUGUCCCACGCUAACUCGGCGGUGGUGCUGUCGGCGGUGAAGGUGCUGAUGAAGUUCAUGGAGAUGCUGCCCAAGGACCUGGACUACUACGGCACGCUGCUGAAGAAGCUGGCCCCGCCCCUCGUCACGCUGCUGUCCGCCGAGCCCGAGCUGCAGUACGUGGCCCUCAGGAACAUCAACCUCAUCGUGCAGAAGCGGCCUGAAAUCCUCAAGCACGAGAUGAAGGUGUUUUUUGUGAAGUAUAACGACCCAAUCUACGUCAAGCUGGAGAAACUGGACAUCAUGAUCCGCCUGGCCUCCCAGGCCAACAUCGCCCAGGUGCUGGCCGAGCUGAAGGAGUACGCCACGGAGGUGGACGUGGACUUCGUGCGCAAGGCGGUCCGAGCCAUCGGCCGCUGCGCCAUCAAAGUGGAGCAAUCGGCAGAGCGCUGUGUCAGCACCCUGCUGGACCUCAUCCAGACCAAGGUCAACUACGUGGUGCAGGAGGCCAUCGUGGUCAUCAAGGACAUCUUCCGCAAGUACCCCAACAAGUACGAGAGCGUCAUCGCCACGCUGUGCGAGAACCUGGACUCCCUGGACGAGCCGGAGGCGCGCGCCGCCAUGAUCUGGAUCGUGGGCGAGUACGCCGAGCGCAUCGACAACGCCGACGAGCUGCUGGAGAGCUUCCUGGAGGGCUUCCACGACGAGAGCACGCAGGUGCAGCUGCAGCUGCUGACGGCCAUAGUGAAGCUCUUCCUGAAGAAGCCCACGGAGACGCAGGAGCUGGUGCAGCAGGUGCUGAGCCUGGCCACUCAGGACUCAGACAACCCGGACCUGCGCGACCGCGGCUACAUCUACUGGCGGCUGCUGUCGACGGACCCGGUGGCGGCGAAGGAGGUGGUGCUGGCGGAGAAGCCGCUGAUCUCGGAGGAGACGGACCUGAUCGAGCCCACGCUGCUGGAGGAGCUGAUCUGCCACAUCGGCACGCUGGCGUCCGUCUACCACAAGCCCCCCAGCGCCUUCGUGGAGGGGAGCCGCGGCGUGCAGCACAAGAGGCUCCCGGCCCGGUCCGGCUCGGGCGAGAGCUCGGAGAGUCCUGAGGCAGCCCAGCCUGCAGGGGGCGCCGUUUCGGAGGCCCCCCCGGCCGUCAUCCCGUCCCAGGGCGACCUGCUGGGAGACCUGCUCAACCUGGACGUGGGCCCCCCCACCACGGGGGGCGCGUCCGCCCCCCCCACCGCCAUGCAGAUGGGGGCCAUGGACCUGCUCGGGGGGGGCCUGGACAGCCUGAUGGGGGAGGAAUCCGAGCCGCUCGGCGGGGACAUGGGAGCGAGCCCAGCGAUGGGCGCUGGUUUCGGUGGUGCCCCAGCAGUCAUGCCCGCCUCUUUGAACGCCCCCGUCGGGGGUGGGCUGGGCGACCUGUUUGACCUUGGGGGUGGAGUGGGCAUGGCAUCCGGAGCCUACGUUGUGCCUAAAUCCGUCUGGCUCCCUGCCAUGAAGGCGAAGGGUCUGGAGAUCUCGGGCACCUUCGCCCGCCGCGCUGGCGUUCUCCAGAUGGAGCUCUCCCUCACCAACAAGGCCAUGAGCAUCAUGAGCGACUUCGCCAUCCAGUUCAACAGGAACAGUUUCGGGCUGGCCCCCGCCGGGCCCCUCCAGGUCCUAACGCCCCUCAGCCCCAACCAGACCAUCGAGGUCAGCCUCCCGCUCAGCACCGUGGGGCCCGUCAUGAAAAUGGAGCCCCUCACCAACCUGCAGGUGGCGGUGAAGAACAACAUCGACGUGUUCUACUUCAGCUGCCAGUACCCCAUCAGCAUGCUGUUUGUGGAGGAUGGCAAGAUGGAGCGUCAGGUGUUCCUGGCCACCUGGAAGGACAUUCCCAACGAGAACGAGGCCCAGUUCCAGAUCAAAGACUGCCACCUGAACGCAGACGCGGCCAGCGCUAAGCUCCAGAGCAGCAACAUCUUCACCAUCGCCAAGCGCAACGCCGAGGGCCAGGACAUCCUGUACCAGUCCAUCCGGCUCACCAACAGCAUCUGGGUCCUGAGCGAGCUCCGCAUGCAACCCGGGAACCCCAGCUACACGCUCUCUCUGAAGUGCAGAGCCUCAGAGGUCUCCCCGUUCGUGUUCCAGUCCUACGAGAUGGUGCUGAAGAACUGAGCCUGGAGGGGGUCUGCUGGAUCGGGGGGUUGAGGGGGGGUUGAGGGGUUUGGGCGGUUGUGUUUUGGGGGGGUUGGGGGGUCCAUUACGCACCUCACGCUUUCUGAACUGCUCCUCCUGCACCAGUUUGCCCUCCCUGCCCCCCC